AUGGCACAAAAAAUACCAUCAAACUUCGAUGCCGAAAAUGCUGACAACUUCGAGGAUAUCGAGAAGCAGUUUGCUGUCAAGGCUGUCCAACACAUGGAGACAUACUGGGCCAUCCUGGAACGUGUCCGCGGCUCGACGCUGCGCUUGACCAAGAUGGACGACGACAUUCAUGAGCACCUGGCAAAGGAUUUUCCUGAUUUUGACCCAUCCGAGACGGUCGACGAGGACAACAUGAAGAGCAAGGAAGGCAAGGAACGGUGGCGGAAGUUCAUGAUGGCCUACGAAAAGAAGGUGGACGACUACAACUUUGGCACCAUGCUCCGGUCAAACCCGAAGUGGGAAUACGACCAGGACACAACCAUCUUUGUUCCGAGAAUGCAGUUCUAUGCCGUCGAAAUUGCAAGGAACCGGAAAGGGCUCAACGACUGGAUUUAUGAAAAGGCGCAGGCCGCCAAGUCCGGAAGCAACAAGAAAUGA